AGAACCAACCACACUAGACCUCACUAGAACUCGGUAGAACCAACCACACUAGAACUCACUAGAACUCGGUAGAACCAACCACGCUAGAACUCAGUAGAACCGAGCAAAGCUCACCUAUCAUCGGUCACUUCGUCCUUCCGUCUCCAUUCGUGUUUAUGAGUCUGCAUGCCGCAGUGCACUCUGGCGGCCGGAGGCGGAGGACUGGGACAUCGGUACCGGAACAUUGGCGGGUUCCUCUACGUUAACGUGCUGCGGGUUCCGGAUCGUUGACCCGGAUGGAGGAGCGUCCGGACUGCAGCGUCCUGCAGCGGACUCACAGCGGCGGAACCGGCCCCAUGGUGGUGAAGGUGGAGUCAAUUGAGUCAGGUGAGUCAGUCCUGACGCCGUCACAGAUUGCUGAGCUUUACUUCCUGCGUUCCCGUGUUGGACAGCUGGAGAAAGAAAAGGCGGAGCUGUCGGCUGAGAACCAGAGAUUGAAGAACACGCUGGUCUAUGGUGAGUCCACUUCACUGUCACCUGGUCUACCUGGUCUACCUUGUCUACCCGUUCACAGGGGACCAAUCAGAGACCACUCGGGUUCUGACAGGAAGUUAGACAAUGAAGAUCCCUGGAGUCCUGUCCACCAUGUGGCAGACGUUGGGCCAUGUCAACAGUCAUCACUCGGCCUCCCCGGCAGCAGCCCCCAGGUUUCCAUCCAGCAGCUCCAGGAGGAGCUAAGUGGGGACAUGUCGGAGUCCUGGGGCCCACUGGGCUCAGAUGACGAGGAGGUGCCAGACCUGGGGCUGGGGAGCCACAUGGGAGAAGAGGCACCACUCUGCAGCCAGACCGACAUGGAGGAGCUGAGGAGGAGCUGCUCCGAGAGCCAGUGUAUCGCUGGACACGCAAACGGACAGGUGAGCCAGGUGGAGGUGUAUCCGGGCUGUGGUGUUCUCUGUGAUGUCCGCUCUUGGCAGGCAGCCAAUCAGGCGCAGUCUCCGACAGCGAUGGCGCGGAUGUUGCUGUUGGGCGUGUUUGAUAUGAACACACUGAUGAACAGUAACUUGCGAGGGGGGCGGAGCCGGAGGCCGGCCUCCCACUCACAACGCAGCGCUCUUGACCCGCACAAGAUCAACGCCAUCUUCAAUGCCAUCUUGGCUCGGUUUCCUCUCGCCAAGAGAGGAGUCAUUGGCUCCGGCAUCAACUCCAAACUGUCUGAGAUCCGAUUCCGCUCCCGGAGAGCCAAUCCAGACCUGAGAUUCCUCUGAUGGACAGCUGGACGGCUCUGCCUACCUCACCCAAACAUGUCAGUCAUAACACAGCAUUCCGAAGCUGCCGGACCGAUGAGCAUCGGACUGACUGUUGUUUAAUUUUACCUUUGUUCAGUUCGGUCACUGAGUCAGCGGCUCUUUGAGAGCUGUGACAAUGACAAAUCGAUAACCUACUACACAAUGACCACAAAGAGAUGUUAAAUGACCAGAAAUAAACUCAAAACAACGACAAAGAGACACAAAACAACGAUAGACUCAAAACAAUCACAAAGAGACGUUAAAUGAAAGACUAAAAAAACAACCACAAAGAGACCUAAAACAACCACAAAGAGACGCAAAACAAUCACAAAGACGUUAAAUUACCAUAAAGAGACUCAAAAUUACAUUAUUACAAUACAUACAUACAUAAAAUAACCACAAAGAGACGCAAAACAAUCACAAAGACGUUAAAUUACCAUAAAGACUCAGAAUAACGACAAAAAGACACAAAACAACCACAAAUAGAUGUUAAAUGACCAGAAAGAGACUCAAAACAACCACAAAGAGACACAAAACAACCACAAAGAGACAUUAAAUGACCAUAAAGAGAUUCAAAAUAACCUCAAAAAGACACAAAACAACCACAAAGAGACACAAAACAACCGCAAAGAGACAUUAAAUGACAAUGAUCAGACUCGCAACGUCAUCAAAGGAACUCAAAACAACAUCAAAGAAACUUUAAACUCCACAAAGACACUCAAAGAGACUAAAAACAAAUGCAUCAAACAACAUAAAAAAGACAUUAUAUGACUACAAAGAGACUCAAAAUAACCUCAAAGACACCCAGAACAACCACAAAGAAACUAAAUGACCUAGACAAUACUAGUGUCUUUGUGGUUACAAAGACACUAAACAACCAGAAAGAGACACAAAACGACCUCAGAGAGACUCAAAACAACAUCAAAGAAAUUCAAAACAACUUCAAAGAGACUUCAAAUGACCACAAUGAGAAUCAAAAUAACAUAAAAGAUACUCAAAACAACAUCAAAGAGACAAACGACUUCAAAGAAUCAAAACAACAACAAAGAGACUCAAAAGACACAAAACGACAUCAAAGAAACUCAAAAGAACCUCAAAGACAAUCAAAACAACCUCAAAGAGACUUUAAGGUCCUCAAAGACACUCAAAACAACCAUAGACUCAAAACAACCACAAAGAGACGUUAAAUGAGACUCAAAACAACCACAAUGAGAUGUUAAAUUACCAUAAAGAGUCUCAAAAUAACCACAAAGAGACACAAAACAACAAAAUGUCAUCAAAGAAACUCAAAACAACAUCAAAUAAACUUUAAACUCCACAAAGAGACUCAAAGAGACUGAAAACAACCUCAAUAGACUCAAAACAACCGCAUCAAACAACAUCAAAAAGACAUUAUAUGACUACAAAGAAACUCAAAAGAACGACAAAGAGAAACAAAAUAACCUCAAAUAGACUCAAAACAACAUCAAAGAGACUCAAAAGACACAAAACGACAUUAAAGAAACACAAAACAACCUCAAAGACAAUCAAAACUCCUCAAAGAGACUCAAAACAACCUCAAAGAGAUUACACGUCUUAAAGAGGCUCAAAACUCCUCAAAGAGACUGAAAACAAUCCCAAAGAGACUCCUCAAAGAGACUCAAAACAACAUCAGAGAGACUCAAACAACCUUAAAGGGACUCUAAACUUCUCAUGUAAACUCAGAAUUAUCUCAAAGGGACUCACAACGACCUCAAAGAGACUCAAAACAACCUCAAAGAGAUUACACUUCUCAAAGAGACUCGAAACUCCUCAAAGAGACUCAAAACAAUCCCAAAGAGACUCAAUACAACAUCCGAGAGACUCAAAACGACCUUAAAGGGACUCUAAACUUCUCAGAGACUCAAAACAACACCAGAGAGGCUCAAAACGACCUAAAAGAGACCUUAAAGGGACUCUAAACUUCUUAUGUAAACUGAAAAAUGAUCUCAACGGUACUCAAAACAACCUCAAAGGGACUCAAAAAUACCCUAAAGGGACUCUAAACUUCUAAUGUAAACUCAGAAUUAUCUUAAAGAGACUCAAAACAACCUCAAAGAGACUCCUCAAAGACAUGUUAGAGGACCUCAAAGACACGCUUUGUGUUUUGUGUCAUGAACAUCAGUCUAAUAAAGUUUGGAUGUGAA